GCGCACGCACACGGCGCAGCAGCAGAGGAAAAGCCCUGGUUCUUCUGCUCCACAGCCGCCAGUCGCACGCCAUUCAUUUGCUCAGAAACAGAUAGAUCUCCUCCCACUGAGGGCCCCCCUGUGUCGACCCGUGCCGACCCGUUCCCCUUUCAUCCACGCGCGUGCCUCCUGCAUGCGCGUGCCCCGGCUCAAUGGAAUAUUAGGCAGGCCCGUGGGAGCCAGCCGCGCGGAGGAGGACCAGAAGGAAGGCAAAAGGGCACCCAGGCUUCAGCUAGCAACCACCGUAGCAGAGCACAGAGAUGGUGACCACGUCCAUGGCACGGUUUGUGCUGCUGUCCCCGCUCGUGUGCCUCCUUCACGGGCUGUACGUUGACGGUACAAAGACUGAGUGCGAGCCCAACCAGUUUCAGUGUGGGAACGGCCGCUGCAUCCCGUCUGUGUGGCAGUGUGACGGGGACAAGGAUUGUAGUGAUGGCAGCGACGAGGGAUCCUGCGUCCAUAAGACGUGUGCAGACUCGGACUUCGUGUGCCAGAGUGGAGGCUGUGUGCCUGUGCGCUGGCAGUGUGACGGAGAACCAGACUGUGAGGAUGGGUCAGACGAAGCCAUGGACAUCUGCCACAUGAGGACGUGCCGUCUGAAUGAGUUCAGCUGCUCGGCAGGUUCCACUCAGUGCAUCCCUCUGUACUGGAAGUGUGACCAGGAGAAGGACUGUGACAAUGGGGAGGAUGAGCUCAACUGUGGAAACGUGACGUGCACUCUGUAUGAGUUCACAUGUGUGAGUGGGCGCUGUGUGUCUCAGAACUUUGUGUGUAAUGGGGAGGAUGACUGUGGGGACGGCUCUGAUGAGGUGGAGUGUGCCCCAGCCUCCUGUGGACCCUCAGAGUUCCAGUGUGGAAAUGCCUCCUGUAUCCCCUCAAGCUGGGUCUGCGACGACGACGUGGACUGUCAGGACCAGUCAGAUGAGUCCCCUACGCGCUGUGGCCGACACCCCACACCCCCCUCACGCUGUUCAGCCAGUGAGAUGCAGUGUGGCUCUGGGGAGUGCAUCCACCGCAAGUGGAGAUGUGACGGAGACCCAGACUGUAAGGACGGCAGCGACGAGGCCAACUGUCCUGUGCGCACAUGCACUUCAGACAAGUUUAAGUGCGAUGAUGGGAGCUGUGUGAGGGGCGGCCGACAGUGUAACGGCCUCAGGGACUGUCCCGAUGGCUCCGACGAACUCAACUGCCGCAACGCCACCCAGUGCACAGGCCCAGACAAGUUCCGGUGCCGCAGUGGGGAGUGCAUAGACAUGAGUAAAGUGUGCAACAAGGUGCGGGACUGUCCUGACUGGAGUGACGAGCCCAUCAAGGAGUGUAAUCUGAAUGAGUGUCUGCUGAACAACGGCGGCUGCUCUCACCUGUGCAGAGACCUGGUUAUCGGUUUCCAGUGUGACUGCACCCCAGGCCUACAGCUCAUUGACCACAAGACAUGUGGAGACAUCAACGAGUGUCUGAACCCAGGAAUCUGCAGUCAGAUCUGCAUCAACCUGAAGGGAGGCUACAAGUGUGAGUGCCACAACGGAUACCAGAUGGACCCCACCAGCGGCGUGUGCAAGGCUGUGGGGAAGGAGCCUAGUCUGAUCUUCACAAACCGCAGGGACAUCCGGCGCCUGGGACUAGAGCGUCGAGAGUACACACAAAUCGUGGAGCAGCAGAGGAACACCGUGGCGCUGGACGCGGCCUUCAGCCACAACACCAUCUUCUGGGCUGACCUGGGACAUAAGGCCAUCUACAGCAUGAUUCUGGAUAAGCGUGGAGAUCCCGGUGCUCACAUCAAAGUGCUGGAGAAUGUGCAGACUCCGGUGGGCGUGGCAGUGGACUGGAUCUACAAACACCUGUACUGGUCCGACCUGGCCACCAAGACCAUCUCUGUGUCCACCUUCAACGGCACCAAGCAGAAGGUGCUGCUGGGCAGAGGCCUGAAGGAGCCUGCCUCCAUCGCUGUGGACCCUCUCUCAGGGUUUCUGUACUGGUCAGAUUGGGGAGAACCAGCCAAGAUUGAGAAGUCUGGGAUGAACGGAAUGGACAGACAAGUCCUGGUGGCGACAGACAUCCAGUGGCCCAACGGGAUCACCCUGGAUCUCAUCAAAGGGCGUCUGUACUGGGUGGACUCAAAACUGCACAUGCUUAGUAGUGUGGACCUGAAUGGGGACAACAGGAAGAAGGUGCUGCAGUCUGCAGAGUUUCUGGGGCACCCCUUCGCUCUCACAGUGUUUGAGGAUCGGGUCUUCUGGACAGAUGGAGAAAACAAAGCCAUAUAUGGAGCCAAUAAGUUCAGUGGAUCUGAGGUGGUGACACUGGCCAGUAACCUGAAUGACCCCCAGGACAUCAUCGUUUACCAUGAGCUUAUCCAGCUCUCCGGGACAAACUGGUGCUUGGAGAAGGGGGAGAAUGGAGGCUGUAGCUACAUGUGCCUUCCUGCUCCUCAGAUUAACAAACACUCACCCAAGUACACGUGUGUGUGUCCGGAGGGCCAAGAGCUGCAGGAGGACGGGUUACACUGCUACACAGAAGUAAAUGUGAGCAUGCCCAUCCUGGUGGACUCCUCACCGCGGGGCUCGGCUGCUGCCUGGGCCAUACUCCCUGUCUUGGUCCUUGCCAUGGCGGCACUUGGGGCCUACCUCAUGUGGAGGAACUGGACUCUAAAGAACCAGAAGAGCAUGAAUUUCGACAACCCAGUGUACCUUAAGACCACCGAAGAAGACCUGAACAUCGACAUCUCCAGGCACAGCGCCAAUGUGGGCCACACCUACCCAGCCAUCUCCAUAGUGAGCACAGACGAUGACGUGUCCUGAUCGUGGGCCCCCCUCUGUACGGAUGGCCCCUUCUGCACACACAGCUUGAACUAAGCGAACUGUCCCAUGACACCACAGGCAUUUGACAGUGCAGCUAUGCACCCAUCAGGGCAGAGGAUGGACAUUUAUUUAUAAUGUCAAAUGUGCCAAUCAUUUCUUUCAAAGUAUUAAUAUUUUUCAUUCUUAUUUAUAUUCUGUAAGUAUUAUUUCUGUCCCUAAAUAUUAAUUUCUUUUCUGUAUCGUCGUUUUACAAAUUAAGUCUCUGCUGGGCAGAUUCAGACUGAGACAGUCCAACCACUCUUUGUUAUGAAUUAUACAUUGCACUUAUUUAUAUCAUACAUUACAUUUGCUUUGGCUGUUUCUGCUAUAGUUCUAAAUCAUGUCUUGUCUUGCCAUGGCAGCGUUUGACUUGUGAACACACCCCAGCUGCAUCCUCUGACAGGGUGCUCGAUCAGGACUCUCCAUGCACUUUGAGCAGUUUCUUUUUAUGUAAAGAUUGUACAGAUGUUUUCUUCUUUAGGCCUUUCAGGUCCACUUUGUGAAGCACUCUUUUGUAUGUGUGUGUGCCGUGGCUGUGGAUUUUCUAGCCUUGUACAGUGUGUGCGACUGGAAAGCUGUGUCACUUGAAAAUAAAGACCUACGGUUGUUCAAACACCG